AUGAAUGAAGAAAAAACAACAGAUAUUCCCACGGAGAAAGAAUGCCUGCAAACCGGGCACCGACUCCUCGUAAAUUUCCUUGCGGGCAUGGCCCAUGAGGAGCCGGAUAAGCCGGUCAUGCGGCAACUGUUGCCAUCUGCGACCAAUGCCCCGAGUGACCGGAACGAGAUCAUUCUGGGCUACGAGGAUCUUAUGCGAUUGGUUGAUAGAGUGGCCUGGAUGUUGAGUCGUAGCCUCUCACCGGAAGAUGCCACUUCACAGACUGUCGGUUAUUUGGGCCCAAGUGACCCAAGGCAGCUGCUCAUCGCGUUGGCAGCGACUAAGUUGGACGCCAAGGCUCUGCUGCUCUCGCCCCGAAACAGUGUCUCCAUGCAUAAAGUGCUUCUCGAAGAGUCUCAUUCAGCACUUCUUCUUUGUGAUAAGGCUUUUGCCACCGCAGCGACCGAGAUAAGAAAGCAGCAAGACAUUGAUCUUCUUUUCAUCCCGGAUUUCGUGGAUCUUGUGCAUGAUUCGAGCCCAGUCGAGUCCUUCCCAUAUGUGGAAACCUGGGCCACCUCCCGUGGCAAGCCUUUAGUAACCCUGCAUACUACAGGUUCUACUGGUAAUCCCUCGUCGGUCACUAUGACUCAUUCCGCGUUGUCAUCACUCGACGCGCAGCAGGAUUUGUCAAAGAAAGAUGCUGCCGGGGACAAGUGCCAGCUUGAGAUUCUCGCUGAAGCAGCGACAGUGUAUAUGGCAUUCCCUCUGUUUCAUGUCGCGGGGUUCGGCCUCAGUUGUUACUUGAUCCUCUCGGGCUGUACGCUCUUAUUCGGAUAUCCUCGACAACCACCUAGUGUUGCAGCCUUGAAGACAGUCCUCAAGGCUCCCAGCGUGGAUGGUGCCCUGUUGCCGACAUCUAUUAUUGAUGAGCUCUCUAGGAAUGCCGACCUAAUGAAAGUGGUGCCGAAGCUGCGGUAUAUAUUUGGCGGAGGUGGCACAAUAUCCAAAAGAGCAGGCGACAUCGUUGUACAGAGCACGCGUUUACUCAACGGUCUGGGUAGUACUGAGUGUGGGUCAUUCAUCCAAUAUCCGACCGAUCCAACCCAUUGGGCAUACUAUCAUUUUCAUCCGUGGAACGGUGUGAAAUGGCGACCAGCCUCGGACCAGGAGUCGCAAGGGGAGGAUUUCGAGUUGGUACUCCAGCGUGACGACUCCUGCUUGCAAUAUCAGGCAGUGUUCCAGAACUUUCCUCAUCUGCGAGAGUGGAGGACCAAGGAUGUGUUCCGGAGACACUCUCACAUCCCGGACUACUGGGAAUACCGGUACCGACUGGAUGACCUGAUCGUCUUCUCGACCGGAGAAAAAAUGAACCCAUUGCCGGUGGAGGCUGAAUUGAGAGACAUUGCGGGUAUUAAAGAAGCCCUGGUCGUGGGGAACACGCGAUCUUGUCCUGCAAUUCUUCUCGAAAUGGACGCCAGCGAGCGCGAUGGAGCCGAGAGCGACUCCAUCGACAGAGAACGAACGACCAUAGAACAUGCGCUGGAGUCCCAGAAUGUGAAAGGAUCCCGAGAUAGCCAACUACAUGACAAAAUGGUGAUAGUAGCGAGUCCCAGCAAACCCUUUGUUCGCACGGGGAAAGGCUCCGUGCAUCGGAACAAAACGCUCGAGCUCUAUAAGACCGAGAUUGAGAGUCUUUAUGGGCGAACCAAGUCCCCGGAGCCUGAGCCUUCAGGCCUCGAAGAAACUAGGCUUUGCUUAUCUUCUGAGCAUGCUCUUGCAGUGAGCCUGGUUGAUAUAAUUGGGAAGCUAGAAUCAUGGCUAGCAGAUCUCGACGUGACAACAAACAUAUUUGCGGCUGGGCUGGAUUCCAAACACGCGCAAAUUCUGGCAUCGUUCGUCUCCAAGGCACUGGCCGAUCAGAGACGCGGACGAAACUUUCCUGUCGAGGCAGUCUACGACAACCCUUCGCCAAAACAAAUGGCAGGCUACAUCAUGCGGCAGAUUCUCCCAUCUGAGGGACGGGCAGAUGACUCGAAGGAUUUUGAUUCCCUAUUAGACAGGUAUGAAUAUAUAAAGACCGACCUGGCCGAGCGCCGCCUGGGUCUUUCAAGAGAGAUCUAUCAGCGGCUGUUGGGAAGUGUGACUGAUAUCUUACAUUGCCAAUGGGCAGUGGACUUCAAUCGCCCUUUGGCGUACUUUGAGCGCAAUAUCGCAGGAGUCAAAAAUUUGAUCACUUUUGCUCACGAGGCAAGAGAUAAGGUACAUUUCAUUUUCCUCUCUUCCGUCGCAACGGUAAAGCGAUGGAACUCCAAGACAGCAGUCCCAGAGACCUGCUUGCCCUCCCCCAAGAUCGCUGAAACUGGGUACGGCCUGAGCAAAGUCAUUGCAGUUAGGUUGCUGGACCAGGCUGUCCAAGCCGCGAGCAUGCGAGUGUCAAUCUGUCGCCUGGGUCAGGUUGCCGGCCCAAUUCAGGAUGAGAGAGAUGGCAAAGCUCAUGCGUGGCCACUUCGCGAUUGGUUCCCAACACUGCUGUCUAGCUCCGUUGCAUUGGGCUGUCUGCCAGACUCUCUAGGCUCUGCCGAUCAGAUCGACUGGCUACCGGUUGACAGUGUAGCAGAUCUGCUAUGCGAUCUCAUCAGCCUGUCCAGCAAACAGCACCAGCAGAAGAAUCAACGAGGAUCCGAGUAUUUUCAUCUUGUCAACCCCCAUCGCGUUCAGUAUGCCAGCCUAGUCUCUUGUUUAGCAGCGCGACUGAGACUGCUCAACCCAGAACUGAAAGUCGUGCCAUUGAGCGAGUGGGUUGCGGCCCUAGAAGAGAAAGGAAAUAAAGCUGAGUGUAUAGCCGGCGUUCAGCUACUUGGCUUCUUCCAGGGGCUUGCAGAUGCCUCAUAUCAAGGCUCUGUCCUACUGGAAACGACACUCACUAAGAAGAGGCUACCACGGCUCGAGGAAUGUUCACCGAUCAGUCCGAGAUACAUAGACAUGUGGCUGAGGCAGUGGGAGAUGGUGCCCCCUUCCAGGAAAGACUAA